ACUAAUAGGAGGGCACAACCGACGGAAGUGAUAGGGUCUCUCGGGGAGAAUCUGCAGCGCCUGUCCUCCCAUUGCCUUGGCGUUUUGGCUGUUUGGCAUAGUCUGGUCGCCCGCAAUCGCCAAGGCCGCAGCUGCGAACGCAGGGCCAGCUCCGCGUCCUCUGGGGCCCUGUACUUAAGUCACUGAUGUGGCCCUGAUGGUGCGGCAGGCUCUGGACUGCUAAAGCUCUGCAGCGGUAGAGUUUAAGAAGAUCUUGUUCAAGUGUAUGGCAUAGAAGAUGAAUUCCUCCUCCUCCACCAUGAGUGAAGAACCUGAUGCUCUAUCCGUAGUUAACCAGCUACGGGAUCUAGCAGCAGACCCGUUAAACAGAAGAGCCAUUGUCCAAGAUCAAGGAUGUCUACCUGGCCUUAUUUUAUUUAUGGACCAUCCUAACCCCUCUGUUGUUCACUCGGCUUUGCUUGCCCUUCGAUACUUGGCAGAAUGCCGUGUUAACAGAGAAAAAAUGAAAGGAGAACUGGGUAUGAUGUUAAGCUUGCAAAAUGUUAUACAAAAGACUACGACUCCAGGAGAAACAAAACUGCUGGCCUCGGAAAUCUAUGACAUUCUUCAAUCCUGUAAUAUGGCAGAUGGUGAUAGUUUCAAUGAAAUGAAUUCACGUCGAAGGAAAGCUCAGUUUUUUCUAGGAACUUCAAACAAACGUGCCAAAACAGUGGUUUUGCAUAUAGAUGGUCUUGAUGAUACAUCUCGAAGAAAUCUAUGUGAAGAGGCCUUGUUAAAAAUUAAAGGAGUUAUUAGCUUUACUUUUCAAAUGGCUGUUCAAAGAUGUGUGGUGCGCAUUCGUUCAGAUUUGAAAGCAGAGGCUUUGGCGUCAGCAAUAGCAUCAACUAAGGUUAUGAAAGCUCAGCAAGUUGUGAAAAGUGAAAGUGGAGAAGAGAUGUUGGUCCCAUUCCAAGAUACUCCUGUGGAAGUAGAACAGAACACAGACCUACCAGACUACCUGCCUGAGGAUGAGAGUCCCACGAAAGAGCAAGAUAAAGCCGUGUCCCGGGUUGGCUCGCACCCAGAAGGUGGAGCCAGCUGGUUGAGCACAGCUGCAAAUUUUUUAUCCAGAUCGUUUUACUGGUGACUUAAAUUUAAAGCUCAAGGACUGUGUGAACCAACAAGGGGCCAGUGUUCCAUUGUUGUGGUGAACUGUCAAGUGCAAUUUGCAAUAAAUUAUCAUGAAAAGUUUUUAGAUUAUAUAAUCGCGUAUGCUGCAUUUUACAUUUUAUUGGACAUCUUACUCCACUAAGUGGUUAAGAAAGGCAGAGGCUACAGGUGGAAUUGCUUUGCCUAUGAAGGUAUUUUUGGUUUUGCUUCAUUGCCUCACUGCUUUCUUUUUUACACGGGUCCGCUGUUAAACCAAACAUGUAUGUGCGGCUUUACAUUUUAUUGUACAUUAAGCACGUGAUUAGGAAAAUCCGUUUUCUCCUCAAACCUCAGGACCUGUCUGAAGGGAAUUUUUUUUUUUUAAGCUCAAGUUGUGCAUGUAUUACUGAACUUUUUUUUUUUUCCUGCUUUUUUCCAUGAAAGAUACUUGCUUUGGUACGCUUAACUGAAAGUCAAAAGAAAGUGUUUCUCAUUGUCCCCCUUUUGUGCCUUUUUUAUUUUGCCAACCAUGUUUAUAGAAAGGACAUUAUUAAUGCCAGUUUAUGAAUUAAAAUACAGUAACCCCUUAUGAUACAAUGCUUACAAAAACUUUACAGUCUAAUUUGUCAUAAUUGUAAUAAGAUUAACAUAAAAUCAGCCGAGAAAAGGAAGCUUGUAUAUUAGCGGGAGUGCUUUUGGAGACUCUAUUUGAAUGUGAAAAAUGCAGUUGUAGUUGACAACUAUUGAGUUUGGUGUAUAUCAGCUCUUGAGUGUUAUGUCCACCCUAAUAUUGCAGGCAACCGUAAAUGGUCUCUAGGCCUUACUCUGUGACUGUACACUAUCCCCUGCUAGGAAAAAAGUAAUCGUAGUAAAGAACUGACAGACUUGAAAAAAGAAAACAUUUGAAUGCCUGUAAUGCCAUAGUGCCACUUUGAGAGAGGCUAACCUUAAAGCAUGAAUUUCCUGGCAGAAGCGUGUUCUGUAGGUGCUUCCUUUGAUUACUUUUUGUGAAUUUAUUAUGAAAAUGCUGCAGUGGUAUUGAUGAAAAAAGACCCAAAUUAUUGCCUAUAAAGAAAGAAAGCCAGUGUUGGGCUCUUAAUCUUGUUUCCCAUAUCCAGCCAGGAAAAAAGACAUCAGUGAAGGUAAAAUAUAUAUAUAUAUGUAUAUAAGAUAGAUAUACAUAUCUGUUUGUAUAGAUGUGUAUCUUGAUAGAUAAGUGCUAAUUACAUGUAUACAGUGCUUACCAAGUUUCUGAAAUACUUGGCAACUGAUUUUUUUUUUUAAGUCCAGAUAAAUACUAAUGCUAGUAUGACUGAAAACGAAUAGGAAAAAAUUGAAAUUAUUUUUCAUCAACAUUCAGAGCUGCUAUUUUACUACUUGGGGAAUGUGAAAUGAAAAUUAAACCCUGGAGGAUUUCUUUGUGUUUUCGUCCUUUCUCUUUUAGAAAAAAGUAAAAGCAUCCACUGUCACUGGGGAAAAAUUAUUGUGAAAUGUCAUCACCAGUGAGAGUCUUGAGCUCACUAGCAUUGUGACCUAGAGGAAUGGGUGUUGAGAAGCAUAUUUGCAGACUAGAUAUUUGCUUAUAUUUUUUCUUUUGUCUAGACCCUGAUUCAAGUGAUACACACAGACUUAAAGUACAAGCUUUCAGGGGCACAUACUGCUUUAAACGCAUUAUAUAACUUGCUGCCAGAACCACCUGUGUUAAAAAGAAACAAAACCACCUCCUUUCUAUAGCCAUUAAAACAGGGUUUACUGUUCUAACAAGUGUGUAUUUUAUUUUACAUUGCCACACAUCUGCUUAUUUAAAAAACAACAUCCCUUUGGUAAUAAUAGUUCCGUACAAGUAGAUACUCCAACUUGAUGUUUGUGUGUUCUAAUUCUAAGUGUUCUUUUAUUCCAGGUCUUAUAGAGCAGUUAAGGCUUCUGUAAAGGCAUUUUUUGAAAUAUAUUGUAAAAUAAUAAAAGGUAACAAUUAAAACUGAAUGGAUAUUGCAUUUUUGUGAUAGAAGCAUUAUGGGUUGCUCUUAAGCCUGUUUAUAUACGCAGUCUCCUAGUUUCCCACAGUUGUGUUACCUGACUCAUUUCCAUUCAUCUCCCAUUCAUCUCCUUCCCGACGCCACCCUCUUCUGUCCCCACGAUUAGCUGCUCCUGCACGUGUACUCAUUGUAGCAUUUAUCACAUAUUUUUGAAGUUGCCUGUGUACCGUGAAUCUCCCCUACUAAGCUCGUUGGGAACGCGAGAGCCUUCUUCACCAUUAACACUGUUAGCUGUCCUUUCUUUGUAGUAAGUGCUAGAAUAAUUUUUGGAAGAAUGAAAAGACUUUUUAAAAAAAUUGAUUAAAAUAAAUGGAUGGUACUUAUUUGUUGGGCAAGUAGGAAAAACAUAAGGUAUUUUUUUUUUUUUUCUGGGCAAGAGUUUAUUUCUGAUUUAUGGGUUAUUAUUUAGCAAAUGCCUUAAUUUAUUCUGCCAUUGGAUUUUUAUUUAAAAAAAAGUUGGAGGGUGUAAUCCUUGCUCCGUUGAAUGGAGUUAGGGUUAAUGUGUACUGUCCUGAUUCUUAACGAAUUGUUACAGGAGACUCUUAUAUACGAUAUAAAAAUAGCAGUGGUUUGGAUUUCCUGUUGUUUAACUUACUAGCUGUGUGACCUGAGGCAAAUAAUUUAAUCUCUGAACUUUUUCAUCCUUAGUAAAAUGGAGAUAAAGUUCUCUGCUUCGUGGGGUCAUUAUUAGGGUUCAGUGAAGUCAGUAGCGCUUUGAAAACCAGAACCUUAUGUGUAAAAUGGAAUUGUUGCUGGAAGUCUGACAGGGUUCUCUUUGGCCUUGACACUCAAGUGAUCCAUGAUACUUUUCUAAUCAUACUUCGACACUUCAUCUUCUAAGAACCAAUCAGAGAGUUGUUUUUUUUUUUUUUAAUUCAGUCCUCAGCUCUUUGAUUUCUAUCUUAAUUUUGUCUCUUGAAGAAUUUACCUGUUGUUAUCACUUACCUUUGUGUAAACGACUUUUAAAUCCCCUUUUUUAUGCUGUACCCUUCAAGUGCAAACUCUGUAAAUCUUUUUAUUUCUAGCGGAACCAAGCUCAUGGUAGGCAUGCAAUAAAUUUAACAAAACCACCUUUGUGCCAGGCACUGUGCCAAGUACUUUACAAAUAUCUAUUCAUUUAACCCUUAACAGCUAUGAGGUAGGUACUGUCAUGUCCUUAUUUUACAGAUGGGGGAGAUGAGAGAGAUUAAGUAACUCAUUAGUCCCAGGUUACACAGCCACUGUAUAGUGAAACCAGGACUCCAGCCCAGACAGCCUGACGCUCAGCCUGUGCGUUCUCACAAGGCAGCUUGCAGCUGAUGUCUCGUGGCUGUGCCUUUCCAUUUCUCCUGCCACCAUUUUAGUCUAGACCUUUCUGCCUGCUGCAUUUCAAGUGACUCAAUUCAGGUAUCUUACUAGCAAGCAAAAAGUCUGUGUCAACAAAGGUUAGAAAAGGUAGGAAAAGGCAAGAAAUAAGCCUGGACAGGUGACUAUAAGAAAACCCAGGGAGAGCCCAUGUUCUGUCUAAAUGGGCAUUGUUGGCUUUUAAGAAUGCAGGUCCAGAUUUUCAGUGCUGCUGGAUUUGUGGGCUCUUUCAGACCCUUAAAACACCGCCUGGGCCAGGUAGAUAGAACUUGUUUGUGGGCCAGAAAUUGGCUACCUGUAUAUGUCCGGUCUCAGCCCAUUCAAAUCUACCAGAUUAAUCUUAAUAGUAUUUUUAUCAGUUUCCACUCUGAAGUCUACAAAGGCCUGUAGGUUAAAGUCUGAACUACUUUGGCCUCAAAAAUGCCCUGAGAGUUGAGUCCCAAUCUAGUCUUCCAUAUGUUCU